GGAGGUGCAGGAGGACGAUAAGCACCGUGCCCCACAGCAAGACGGCCAUUAAUAAACGGGCACGACGUGGAGGAGGAAAGAGAGAAGCCCAAUUUGUUCCUACUACUAGUAGUAGAGUAGAGUAGAUAUCAGAUUUGCAAUUGCAAGGCCGCCGCUUUCUUGUUCGUCGUCACCAAUCGGCGAUCCCCCAGAUCAGGCGCGGCGCCACCCGCCCAUGGAUCCCUACAAGCAUCGUCCGUCCAGCGCCAGCAAUUCCUCCUUCUGGACCACCAACUCCGGCGCCCCCGUCUGGAACAACAACUCCGCCCUCACCGUCGGACACCGUGGACCUAUCCUUCUUGAGGAUUAUCAUCUGAUUGAAAAGCUUGCACAGUUUGACAGGGAGCGUAUCCCUGAGCGUGUCGUUCAUGCAAGGGGAGCCAGUGCCAAGGGGUUUUUUGAGGUCACUCAUGAUAUUUCUCACCUCACGUGUGCUGAUUUUCUCCGUGCCCCUGGUGUUCAGACCCCAGUUAUUGUUCGGUUCUCCACUGUCGUGCAUGAGCGUGGAAGCCCUGAGACCUUGAGGGAUCCACGUGGUUUUGCUGUGAAAUUCUACACUAGAGAGGGUAAUUUCGAUCUUGUUGGUAACAAUAUGCCUGUGUUUUUUAUCCGAGAUGGGAUGAAAUUCCCUGACAUGGUCCAUGCUUUCAAGCCAAGUCCAAAGACCAAUAUGCAAGAGAACUGGAGAAUAGUUGAUUUCUUUUCACACCACCCAGAGAGUUUGCACAUGUUCACCUUCCUCUUUGAUGAUGUCGGCAUUCCACUCAACUACAGGCACAUGGACGGUUUUGGUGUCAACACCUACACCUUUAUCAAUAAGGAUGGAAAGCCUCACCUUGUCAAAUUCCACUGGAAGCCUACCUGUGGUGUCAAAUGCCUGUUGGAUGAUGAAGCUGUAACUGUUGGGGGCACCUGCCACAGCCAUGCUACGAAGGACUUGACUGAUUCUAUUGCAUCAGGGAAUUACCCAGAAUGGAAGCUCUACAUCCAGACCAUCGAUCCUGAUCAUGAGGACAGAUUUGAUUUCGAUCCUCUUGAUGUCACUAAGACAUGGCCGGAGGAUAUCAUCCCACUGCAGCCAGUUGGACGGAUGGUCCUGAACAAAAACAUUGAUAACUUCUUUGCAGAAAAUGAACAGCUUGCCUUUUGCCCUGCCAUAAUUGUCCCUGGAAUCCAUUACUCUGAUGAUAAGCUGCUCCAGACGAGAGUUUUCUCGUAUGCUGAUACCCAAAGGCACCGUCUUGGUCCAAACUAUUUGAUGCUUCCUGUGAAUGCACCUAAAUGUGCAUACCACAACAACCACCAUGAUGGCACCAUGAAUUUCAUGCACAGAGAUGAGGAGGUGAACUACUUCCCCUCAAGGUUUGAUGCUGCCCGUCAUGCUGAGAAGGUUCCUGUUCCUCCUCGUGUUCUAACAGGCUGUCGGGAAAAGUGUGUCAUUAACAAGGAGAACAAUUUCAAGCAAGCUGGUGAGAGAUACCGGUCCUUUGACCCUGCCAGGCAAGACCGUUUCAUCCAGCGGUGGGUUGAUGCGCUCUCAGAUCCUCGUAUUACGCAUGAACUUCGUGGCAUCUGGAUCUCCUACUGGUCACAGUGUGAUGCGUCCCUUGGGCAGAAGCUGGCAUCACGGCUCAACCUGAAACCGAACAUGUAGAUCGGCAAGGAGGAAUCCAGUGGUGGUCCUGUGUUGGGACAGUCAUGCAUGAACUGAAAUGUGUCGUCCGGGUGUAAUCGUGAAUAAAAUGUGAUAUGGUGAUAUGUAUACUGGUGACGCAAUUUGUGAAACUGUAGCUGGGAUCCUGAAAACAUGCCGUGCUGUGUCUUUUGGAAAGAGAUAACAAUAAAGACUGAUACAGUGGGUAAUCAUGUUACUAUGGUUCGUCAAGAAUGCUGGUGAAUGUGCUAUAUAUGCUGAACUUAUUAGCUCCA